CCACGUCAGUGGAAGAGCGCGAGGAGGAAAUAAUGUUAUGGAGCUGAUGUGCUCUUUAUGCAGCAACGAUUGAUCUGCCAGUGAGGAGAUGAGGGGCUGGUGAAGUUCUGACGAUGAGAGACGGGAGGGCCGGGAAGAGGGAGAGGUGGGAGGAAUGGCAGCAGGGGACGCCUAAGAAGAGGAAGGAUUAGGUUCAAGGGUGGCGGAUGUCUGACGGAACUUAAAAAGGGAUCUCUACAGAUACCGGAUGAAAGAAGGAUGGGCACCUUUGUGACCCUGGCAGAAGUGUUGGAGGCCCGGGGUUCACCACUGGAGGAGGAGGAAGUCUGGUGUCUUCUGCUUGCCACCACGGAGGCCUUACUGGACAUCUCCAAAAAGGGUUCAGGUAACCUGUGCAAUGUGCUGAGCCCGGGCUCGGUGCUGCUGUCUGCUAAUGGGAGCAUGGCCUUCAAGAGCUGUGGGCGAUAUGAAGACGUGGCCUCCUUCACAGCCCCUGAAGUCCAGCAGGGUCUCGCUGCCUCCACCAGGACUGCCGCCGAAAAGAUGGUUGUGUACUCCCUUGGGAUGACUCUCUAUUGGUGCGUUGACUAUCAUCUACCUCAAAACCAGCCGGUUCACAUGAGCGCCGAGCUGGAGGGAUUACUGUUGAGCAUGUGCGAGGACAUGGCCAUGAGGAGGACCGACCUACUGACGGUGCUCGAGACCUGCGAGCUCCACCACAAGACCUCAAUGCUGCCUCCCGCGGAACGACUUCUUCGACAGCUCGUAGAGGAUGUGUACAGGAACUCGGUUGAUCAUGUGUCCAUGGGUGAAAACGGGUCCCCGCUAACAGACCGCAGUCAAAUGGUCAGGGACAGAUUGCACAGGGGUUCUCUGUGUAACUCACCCUGGGCUAUGAGGAGGAAGAUUUCCAGAGCCUUCUCGGGAGUAGCUUAUGGAGCCGAACCCUCUGGGAUUCCCUCGGGAGGUCGUCACAGGGAGAGUUAUGGCGGCUGGCAGCAGCUGAACCGCCGCUCCUGCAGCCCGUACAUGGAUGGUAAUCGAAACGCCAACUCAAGAACCCUUGCAAGCUUUGAAUCCACAAUGAGUUUAAAUGACAAGAGAGUCAAGGAUAUGGGUCCUGAGUUUAUUAGAGUGUUAGAGGAGCCUCCGGUCGUCCUGGAGCUGCCUGGAUCUAUCGUGUCAAAGAAAGGGAAAUCGCCCACCACCCAGAGGGAGCUGAGCGUGGUGAUGCCAAACGGUCAGAGCAUUAUCGUCAAGUGUGAGGUGAAAUCCACUGGAGGAGACGUCUUUGACAUGAUCGUGGCUCACUCCAACCUUGUAGAACACUUCUAUUUUGGCCUUGCUUACAUUGACGAUAACGAGUUUUUCUUCGUGGACACAGACACCAAGAUAUCCAAAGUUGCUCCAGAUAGCUGGAAGAAAGUGCCUACAUCCACCUUUGUCCUUUUCUUCAGGGUCAAAUUCUUUGUUAACGAUAUUUCUCUACUUUUGCACAAACAGACCCGUCACCAGUAUUACCUCCAGCUCAGGAAGGACCUUUUAGAAGACAGGCUGUCCUGCCACGAGGGGACCGCUCUGUACCUGGGUGCUCUGGCCCUGCAGACGGAGUACGGAGACUGCGUGCCUGAGGUGUAUGGUAGAAACUACUACCGCCCUGAUCAGUAUGUCUGUAAGAGUUUGAUGGAGAAACGUGCCUUGCCUUACAUUCAAUCGGAGCUGCUGCGACUUCACAGCAACAACGCUCAGAUGCUCCCUGACGAAUCUGAGCUUGAAUUUCUCAAGGUGUGUCAGCAGUUGCCAGAAUACGGUGUGUUGUUCCACCGAGUGAUGCGUGAGAAAAAGCCUUUAGACGGAGAGAUUAUCCUCGGGGUUUGUGCCAAAGGUGUUAUCGUCUACGAGGUUAAAGACGGGUACAGAUCCACUGCUCAAAACUUUUACUGGAGGGAAACGGCAACCAUCUCCUCUAAUAGACGCAAGUUUUUGGUAGAGUGCCGUGGCGGCAAGAAGAAAUACACCUUCAUCACAGAGAGGUCAAAAAUCGCCAAGUACCUGUGUAACCUCUGCUCGGCCCAGCACAAGUUUAACAAUGAGAUGAACUCCCGACAGCUGAGCCACAGCCUGGCCUCAGAAGAGAACAUCGUCCAGUAUGCGUCGGUCUGCCGGGCUCAGAGCGGCCGGCUCAAGUCCUUCUCGUGUUCAGAGACACCACAAGAUGAAAGUGGCCUAACUACGCCUCAGGACGAGUCCUUGGCCAAACUGUGUGACGACGUGGCAGCAAGGAUCGAGGCCCGUGUGAGACAGCAGCGCCUGAGCCUCAAUGAACAGAGCACUUGCUCCAGUAGUCAGCGCAGCAGCAUUGGUAUGCGUUCCCCAGCAUGUUCCCAAAAGAGUGGCUCUGAAGCCCGGUCUGGUUCCUCUACAACCAUAGAAAGCCCUCCCAAGGUUGGAACGCCGGAGAGAGAAGUCAUAUGUGUUUCCUUAAAGAAAGACCCAAAGCUCGGACUGGGUAUAAUGAUAGUCGGCGAGGACACGGUGGGGCGUUACGACUUGGGCAUCUAUGUUGCCUCCAUUGUGCCAGGUGGACCUGCUGAUAAAGACGGUCGCAUCAGAGCAGGUGGUCGUCUGAUCUCUCUGAACCACAUCAGCCUGGAGGGUGUCACUUUCAACGAGGCAGCAGAGGUCAUGCAGAGCAGCCCCGAGGAGGUGCAGCUCAUCGUAUCGCAGCCAAAAGUCUCCAUCAGCCCCGGCAGCGCUCGCUCAUCUGUAAUGAAGAAUUGUGAAUCCCAGACCACACUGAUGACAGACGGACGAUCGGGAGAGGAGAGUCUCGAUGAGAUCGUAUCCGUCAUGAUGACGCCAAAGCCCGUCGACAAGCUGCGCGUUCCUCUCGAUGUACGAGUCGUUAAUUCACAGGAUGGCUGCCCACUUUCUCCUUCUCUGAACUGCUGUGGGCCGGAGGAGAUCACCGUGGAGCUCAGGAAGAUAUCGGGAACCUUGGGCAUCAGCAUAUCUGGUGGCGUGAACACCAGUCUCCGUCAUGGAGGAAUCUACAUCAAGAGCCUGGUUCCUGGAGGGGCCGCUGAGAGGGACGGACGUCUACAAGCAGGCGACAGACUGUUGGAAGUGAACGGGAAUAGCUUUCAGGGCUUCACCUACCAGCAGGCUGUGGAGUGUCUUGGCAAAACUGGAGAGGUGGUUUCUUUGGUCGUGGAGAGGGAGGCGAUCAACCUGCCCAAAGUCUCUAUCAGUUCGGAUAACAGCAGCAUUGUGUCCAACCAGAGCCUCAGUCCCAUCAUCAGCCAGUCCAGACUCAACAGCUGCUCCUCCACCAGCACUCCUCCUCAACCAAACGCCAAAUCUGAGCGGCCCCGGGACUACGCCUUCGCCACAGAGGACAACACCCAGGACGUGACUCUGACCAAGAGUGCCAGCGGUCUGGGCUUCAGCUUCCUCAUGUGCGAGCUGGAUCCGCCCACCCGGGACUUCGGCAGCCUGGUCCGGAUAAAGCAGCUUUUCCCCGGGCAGCCCGCGGAGCAGAGCGGCAGGAUCCAGGAGGGCGACGUCCUGCUGGCCAUCAACGGGCAGUCCCUCAAGGAGCUGUCGUACCCGAAGGUGCUAAAGCUGUUUAAGACCUCCUCACCUGAAGUCCAGCUCACUCUUUGUCGACCUGCACCAGGCAUCCUUCCUUCGAUGGAUCAGUUCACCGGUACGUGAGCCGGGUCGAAG